AUGAACCUGUUUGUGAUCGCCGCGGUUGGAGUCGUUGUACAGCUUUUCGCCCUGCUGACGGCGGGCGACCAUUUGGUCGAGUUUGUAUCGAACUAUCAGCAGAAAGCUGCCAUCGAUUACUCCUUCCGGUACUACAUCGACCAUCCGCCCUCCGGUGUGUCGCUGGAUCACUGGGAAAACCGGAAGGGAGACUACGUGCACGGUGGCUACGGUGUCCUUGAGCCGGGAGGAUUCGUCCGCACCGUUCACUACGAAGUCGAAGGCGACAGUGGCUUCCGCACGGUCAUCAAAACAACGGCACCGGGAAGCUCCCAACAGUACAGCAUACACAGUGCGGGCAAAAAAACGCCGCCACCGCAGCCACUAUGGAACACCAAACCGGUAGCGUUCGUGCAGGGAGGCCAUAAAUCGUAG